AAGAACCAGUGAACAACAAGCUGUGAACUGUGGGAGCUGAGUCACUGCAGGGAGUGAAUGAGAGGGGGAGGAGCAGAGAUCUAUUUCUGCUCAGAGGGAGUGAAACUGUUCUACAGUCACUGGCACCAGCUGAAAUGGCGCAGCAAGAAAAUCAACUGGACAGAGAAAGAUUCUGCUGUUCGAUCUGUCUGGAUCUACUGAAGGAUCCGGUGACUACUGUCUGUGGACACAGCUACUGUAUGAGCUGUAUUAACACCCACUGGGACAAUGGGGAGGAGAGAGGAAGCUACAGCUGCCCUCAGUGUAGACAGACCUUCACACCGAGGCCUGUCCUGGGGAAAAGCACCAUGUUAGCUGGUUUAGUGGAGGAGCUGAAGAAGACUGGACUCCAAGCUUCUCCUGCUGAUCACUGCUAUGCUGGACCUGAAGAUGUGGCCUGUGAUUUCUGCACUGGGAGAAAACGGAAAGCUCUCAAGUCCUGUUUGGUUUGUUUGGCCUCUUAUUGUGAAAAACACCUCCAGCCUCAUCUUCAGUCAGCUCAAUUGAAGAAGCACAAGCUGGUGGAGCCCUCGGAGAAGCUCCAGGAGAACAUCUGCUCUCGUCACGAUGAGGUGAUGAAGAUAUUCUGCCGCACUGAUCAGCAGUGUAUCUGUUAUCUCUGCUCUAUGGAUGAACAUAAAGACCACGACACAGUGACAGCUGUAGCAGAAAGGACUGAGAGGCAGAGAGAGCUCGGGCUGAGGAGACAAACAAUCCAGCAGAGACUCCAGGACACAGAGAAAGAUGUGAAGCUGCUUCAACAGGAGGAGGAGGCCGUCAAUGGCUCUGCUGAUAAAGCAGUGGAGGACAGUGAGAAGAUCUUCACUGAGCUGAUCCGUCUGCUGGAGAAAAGAAGCUCUGAUGUGAAGCAGCAGAUCAGAUCCCAGCAGGAAACUGAAGUGAGUCGAGUCAGAGAGCUUCAGGAGAGACUGGAGCAGGAGAUCACUGAGCUGAAGAGGAAAGACCAUGAACUGAAGCAGCUCUCAGACACAGAGGAUCACACCCAGUUUCUACACAACUACCCCUCACUGUCACCACUCAGUGAAUCUACACUAUCAUCCAGCAUCAGGAUCCGUCCUCUGAGGUACUUUGAGGACGUGACAGCAGCUGUGUCACAGGUCAGAGGUCGACUACAGGACAUUCUGAAGCCAGAGACCAGAGCUGACUUCUUAAAAUAUUCACAGGAAAUCACACUGGAUCCAAACACAGCAUACAAACAUCUGUUAUUAUCUGAGGGAAACAGAAAAGUAACAGGUAUGAGAGUAGAACAGUCUUAUUCUAAUCACCCAGACAGAUUCACUUAUUGGCGUCAGGUCCUGAGUAGAGAGAGUCUGACUGGACGUUGUUACUGGGAGGUGGAGGUGGGGGGGAGAGCAGUUGGUGUAGCAGUCACAUACAAGAAUAUCAGCAGAGCAGGAAACUCGGAUGAAUGUAAAUUUGGAUACAAUGAUAAAUCUUGGAUGUUAUAUUGUUAUGAAAACAGAUAUGAAUUUUAUUACAACAGCAUCAGGACUCCAGUGUCAGGUCCUUGGUCCUCCAGAGUAGGAGUGUACCUGGAUCACCGUGCAGGUGUUCUGUCCUUCUACAGAGUCUCUGACACCAUGACUCUCCUCCACAGAGUCCAGACCACAUUCACUCAGCCUCUCUAUGCUGGAGUUUGGGUUUGUUAUUAUGGAGACACAGCUGAGUUGUGCAAACUCAAAUAGACUCGAGUCAUUAAAAGCAGUGAUUUAGAUUUGAUCUGAACUAGCAGUUCCAUUGGAGAGUGUCCUGAUCGAGUCCCUCUGAGGGUUUGUUCUGCAGCUCUCAUCACAUGUGUUUCUUAUACAUGUCUAUAUACAUUUAAAUAUCUUAUAUAUGUAUGAAGCAAUAAAAAUGUAUUGUGUGAAGAAGCUGAAAGUUGAAAUAAAGAA